AUGGAACAUCUCUACAAUCGUGAAUCGUCACCUGUCUAUCAGUAUAACCCCGACUUUACCAUCACAGAGUCAUCCGAGAAUAUUCUUCCUCAACUUUUGUUCACUGUGCAAUGGGCAGCGCACACCAUUUUCGUCCUCUCGGAUGACAUUUAUGCGGCAGGCAAGGUUUCAAAUCAAUCAAACCGUGAGACCAAUUCUUCCGAAACCAGAUUAUCCCACUUCCACAGCUCGCUGAUGGGCUUUUGGCGCAAUAAGUUCUCGGUCAUUCUCAAAGAACAAAAUACCGAAAAGGCAGUUCUAGUGGAGAGGCUAUAUGAGACUCAACUAAAACAAUCCGAACCACGCGCCAUUUCAAAACAAGUUAUAUCUCAAGUGCUUGACGAAUUAUUCGUCCUCGAUCGCGAAAUGCAAUCAUCUUGGACCACAUGCGUGCGCGAGGCACUCGAGCAGCUUGUCAAGCACCUAGAUCCUAUCGUGCAGUGCGCUUUGGAGUGUCCUACUUGGGAACCCCUUCUCACUCCAGAAAUUAAUAAGGGAAAUGUGGUUUAUUUUAGAAACAUGAAUAAUUGGAUGGAUUGUAUAACCUCACUCUUCGAAUCAGAGUACGACAGGCUAGAAAAGGCGUUAAAGGCCGAGGUAUGGCAUACACCUGGUAUUGUCUUAUCCAAUUCAGUCAUAUCAAUACUUUUCACAGAUCGUAUGCCAUUGGUUUUCGGCUUUGCGAUCACAAUUGUCCAAAUUACCCGUGAUGUAUUUGAGGAACCGGAAGAGCGCAAGAAACUGGGGCCGUAA